AUGGCAAAUUCGACGGGUAAAAACCACGCAGACCAGCGGAGAAAGGGACUCGCUUUCUUGGACGAGCUGCGGCAGUUUCACCACAGCAGAGGGUCUCCUUUUAAGAAGAUCCCCGUGGUGGGUGGGAAGGAGCUGGAUCUUCAUGCUCUGUACACCAGAGUCACCACUUUAGGCGGAUUUGGGAAGGUAUCAGAGAAGAAUCAGUGGGGAGAAAUUGUAGAGGAGUUUAACUUUCCCAGAAGUUGUUCUAACGCUGCCUUCGCUUUAAAACAGUAUUACUUGCGUUAUCUAGAAAAGUAUGAAAAAGUACAUCAUUUUGGGGAGGAGGAUGAUGAGGUACAACCAGGCAAUCCAAAGCCACAACUUCCUAUUGGUGCAAUUCCAACUUCCUAUAACUACCAGCAACACAGUGUGUCAGAUUACCUUCGUCAAAGCUAUGGGCUGUCUAUGGACUUAAACUCACCAAAUGACUAUAAUAAAUUGGUGCUUUCAUUGUUAUCUGGACUCCCAAAUGAAGUGGACUUUGCAAUUAAUGUAUGUACUCUUCUUUCAAAUGAAAGCAAGCAUGUUAUGCAGCUUGAAAAGGACCCUAAAAUCAUCACUUUACUGCUUGCAAAUGCUGGGGUUUUUGAUGACACUUUAGGGUCAUUUUCUGCUGUGUUUGGAGAAGAAUGGAAGGAGAAAACUGAUAGAGAUUUUGUUAAGUUUUGGAAGGAUAUCGUUGAGGAUAUUGAAGUUCGUGAUCUGAUUUCCGACAGAAGCAAAUCUCAAGAUAUUCCAUCAGAAGAAUGGAUUUGGGAAUCCUUAUUUCAUCCACCUCGCAAAUUGGGCAUUAAUGAUAUUGAAGGGCAGCGGGUACUUCAAAUUGCAGUGAUUUUACGUAAUCUUUCUUUUGAAGAGGGAAAUGUUAAACUUCUGGCAGCUAAUCGUACUUGUCUUCGGUUCCUGCUGCUCUCUGCUCAUAGUCACUUUAUUUCUCUACGGCAGUUGGGGCUUGACACGCUGGGAAAUAUUGCAGCAGAGCUGCUUUUGGAUCCUGUUGAUUUCAAAACUACUCAUCUAAUGUUUCACACUGUUACAAAAUGCCUCAUGUCAAGGGAUAGAUUUUUGAAAAUGAGAGGCAUGGAAAUCUUGGCAAAUCUUUGCAAGGCUGAAGAUAAUGGUGUCUUAAUUUGUGAAUAUGUGGAUCAAGAAUCCUACAAAGAGAUCAUAUGUCAUCUCACGCUACCAGAUGUGCUACUUGUAAUCUCAGCACUUGAGGUGCUAUAUAUGCUUACAGAAAUGGGAGAAGUGGCCUGCUCAAAGAUUGCUAAAGUAGAGAAGAGCAUAGAUACAUUAGUAUGUCUGGUUUCUAUGGACAUCCAGAUGUUUGGACCUGAUGCACUUACUGCUGUAAAACUCAUUGAACAUCAGUGCAUUAGCCAGCAAGGAUUACCUGAUGUCAGACCACAAGUAAUGGAUCAUGGUUCUUCACCGGCUCAUGCAACAGGCGUCCCAGCCUCUAGGACAGCACCACAUGUUGCUCCACCACCAGGAAUAGUAGAAAUAGACAGUGAGAAGUUUGCAUGUCAGUGGUUGAAUGCACACUUUGAGGUGAAUCUUGAUUGCUCAGUCUCUCGAGCAGAAAUGUACUCUGAAUACCUCUCUACUUGUAGUAAAUUAGCUCGAGGUGGAAUCCUGACAUCAACUGGAUUUUAUAAAUGUCUGCGAACUGUUUUUCCAAAUCAUACAGUGAAGAGAGUUGAAGAUCCAAGUAACAAUGGUCAAGCACAUAUACAUGUGGUAGGAGUGAAAAGAAGAGCUAUACCACUUCCCAUUCAGAUGUACUAUCAGCAGCAACCAACUUCGUCUACCCCAGUUGUCCGGGUUGAUUCAAUUCCUGAUGUGUCUUCGUCUCCUUCGCCAGCAGGAAUGCCACAUGGGCUACCAAGCGUAGGAAAUCACUAUCAGAGGACCCCUUUUAACCAGUCUUCAACUUUGACAGCAACACAGAUGUCUUUUCCAAUUCAAGGUGUUCAUACUGUGGCACAGACUGUUUCUAGGAUUCCACAAAAUCCUUCUAUUCAUACGCAACAGCAAAAUGCGCCAAUGACUGUUCUACAGAAUAAAGGUCCAAUACCCUGUGAAGUAGUGAAGGCCACAGUAAUACAGAGCUCUGUUCCCCAGUCUGCAGUUCCUGUUACUAUUGCUGUAGGAGGAGCACCACAAGCUUCUAAUCAAAAUCACAGCACUACAGGACAGCAGCCAUCUGUUACUGUUGUUAGUUCUCAGGCGUUGCUUCACCACCAACCUGUAAUUCAACAACAGUCUCCACUGCAUGCAGUGGUACCAGGACAGAUAUCUUCAGGCACUCCUGUUACGGUAAUUCAGCAAGCUGUACCUCAGGGUCAUAUAUUUGGCAGAGUACAAAACAUACCAGCAUGCAGUUCAGCAGUUUCACAGGGUCAGCAGCUAAUCAGCACAUCAUCACAGCCUGGGCAGACGUCAUCUCAGCAGUCCUCUGCUGGUAACCAGCAACAAGAUACAGUCAUCAUAGCACCACAGCAGUACGUCACAACUUCUGCAUCUAACAUUGUUUCUGCCACCACAGUUCAAAAUUUCCAAGUAGCAGCUGGGCAGGUGGUUACAAUCGCAGGUGUCCAAAACCCACCAACAUCUAGGGUAGGGUUUCAGAACAUUGCACCAAAGCCUUUGCCAUCUCAGCAAGUUCCACCUGCCAUGGUACAGCAGCCAAUGCAGCCACAGCAGCAGCCUCCGCCACCAUCCCAGCAAAGUGUAGUGAUCGUAAGCCAGCCAGCUCAGCAAGGUCAAACGUAUGCACCAGCCAUUCAUCAAAUAGUGCUUGCUAAUCCAGCUUCUCUUCCUGCUGGUCAAACUGUCCAGCUGACUGGACAGCCAAGCAUUACUCCAUCUUCUUCACCAUCCCCAGGUCCAGUUACAAAUAAUCAAGUCCCAGUUAUGUCAUCUCCAUCUACCACUCCUCAGUCACAAGGACCCCCUCCUACUGUUAGCCAGAUGCUUUCUGUAAAGAGGCAGCAGCAGCAGCAACACUCACCAGCAUCAUCACAGCAGCAGGUACAGGUACAACAACCAAUACAAAUGCAAGUUCAGUCACAACAAGCUAAUACAGGAGUUGGCCAGCCUAACUCUGGUGAGUCUAGUCUGAUAAAACAACUGCUUCUUCCAAAAAGAGGCCCCUCAACUCCAGGGGGGAAGCUCAUACUCCCAGCUCCACAGAUUCCUCCACCCAACAAUGCAAGAGCUCCUAGUCCUCAGGUGGUUUAUCAGAUGGCAAAUAACCAGGCACCAGGUUUUGGAGUUCAAGGACAGUCUCCAACUCAGCAGCUACUAGUUGGACAGCAAAAUGUUCAGCUGGUCCCGGGUGGAAUCCAGCCCCAAGGGGCAGUACAAACAGUACCCAUUUCUAAUUUACAGAUAUUGCCAGGCCAGUUGAUCUCAAACAGCCCAGCAACUAUUUUCCAAGGGACUACUGGCAACCAGGUUACAAUAACAGUUGUGCCAAAUACGAGUUUUGCUACUGCAACUGUGAGUCAGGGAAAUGCAACUCAGAUCAUUGCUCCAGCAGGAAUUGCAGUGAGUGGAGCACAGACAGGAGUUGGGCUACAGGUGCAAACACUUCCAGCCACUCAAGCACCUUCAGCUGGACAAUCACCAUGUACUGCUGCUCCCCCAUUCAAAGGUGAUAAAAUCAUUUGCCAAAAGGAGGAAGAAGCAAAGGAAGCAACAGGUUUACACAUUCAUGAACGUAAAAUUGAAGUUAUGGAGAAUCCUUCCUGCCGAAGAGGAGCUGCAAACACCAGCAAUGGGGAUGCAAAAGAAAAUGAAAUGCAGGUGGGAAGUCUUUUAAAUGGGAGAAAGUAUAGUGACUCCAGUCUACCUCCUUCUAACUCAGGGAAAACUCAGAAUGAGGCCAAUCAGUGCUCACAAGUCAGUAAUGGGCCAUCAUUAGAAAUGGGUGAGAACGGAGCUCCUGGAAAGCAGAACUUUGAACAAAUGGACACACAGGAAAUUAAAAGUGAUUUGAAGAAGCCCCUAGUUAAUGGAAUCUGUGAUUUUGAUAAAGGAGAUGGUUCUCAUUUGAGCAAAAACAUUCCAAAUCACAAAACUUCCAAUCAUGUAGGAAAUGGUGAGAUAUCUUCAGUGGAACAACAAGGGAAUUUGGAUGCCACGCAGCAAGAUACUGCCAAAGGUGAUCAAGGGGAAAGAAUUUCUAAUGGGCCUGUAUUAACUUUGAGUAGUUCACCUGUUGUAAGCGGUACACAGGAGGCUGCGAAACUGUUAACCCAGCAACUUAGUGGUACCAACACUGAUUUAACUAAUGGACCUCUAGCUUCAAGUUUGAAUUCAGAUGUGCCUCAGCAACGCCCAAGUGUAGUUGUCUCACCACAAUCUACAGCCUCUGUUAUACAGGGGCAUCAAAUCCUAGCUGUUCCACACUCAGGACCUAGAGUGUCCCAGUCUACCCUGUCAUCCGAAGUUCGGUCUACUAAUGGCACAGCAGAAUGCAAAACUGCAAAGAGGCCAGCAGAGGAUAAUGACAGGGAAACUGUUCCAGGAAUUCCAAAUAAAGUAGGAGUUAGAAUUGUUACAAUCAGUGACCCCAACAAUGCUGGUUGCAGUGCAACUAUGGUUGCUGUGCCAGCUGGAGCGGAUCCAAGCACUGUAGCGAAAGUAGCAAUAGAAAGUGCUGUUCAACAAAAGCAGCAGCAUCCAACCACGUAUAUACAAAGCAUGGUCACACAGAGCACACCUGCAACGUCAAUACCAACAGUGCAAGUACAGGGCCAGCAGAUCAAUUUGCAGCCACCUUCGUACACUGCAGCAAGUCAGCAUGCAGAGCAAAUGAGAAAACCUGGACAGAACUUCAUGUGUCUGUGGCAAUCUUGUAAAAAAUGGUUUCAGACACCAUCACAGGUCUUCUAUCAUGCAGCAACUGAACAUGGAGGAAAAGAUGUCUACCCAGGGCAGUGCUUAUGGGAGGGAUGUGAACCUUUCCAGCGGCAGAGGUUUUCCUUCAUUACCCAUUUACAGGAUAAGCACUGUUCCAGAGAUGCUUUGCUUGCGGGAUUAAAGCAAGAUGAACAGGGACAAGCAGGAAAUCAGAAACCUUCCAACAAGCAGCCAGUUGCAGGAGGUACAGCCUCUACCCCCAGAGCGCAGAAGGCCAUUGUGAAUCAUCCGAGUGCUGCCCUAAUGGCAUUAAGGAGGGGCUCAAGAAACCUUGUCUUCAGAGAUUUCACAGAUGAAAAAGAGGGACCAAUAACUAAACACAUCCGAUUAACAGCUGCCUUAAUAUUAAAAAACAUUGGUAAAUAUUCAGAAUGUGGUCGCAGAUUGCUAAAAAGACAUGAAAAUCAUCUAUCAGUGCUAGCCAUUAGUAAUAUGGAAGCUUCCUCCACACUUGCCAAAUGCCUUUAUGAACUUAAUUUUACUGUCCAGAGUAAAGAACACGAAAAAGACUCUGAGAUGCUGCAGUGAGAAAAGUCCCUCUUGUACAUCGGGACAGAGAUAGUCAAACACAUUUCAAAUACUGUUACUGAAGAAAGCACCAAGUCUUAAUGGAACAGAGACCAUAGAUUGAAUUAU